UGAGUUGACGUAGCAGGAGCAUUUCCGGUCCGUGGGAUCCGCCACUCGCUGUUUGGAAGUGGCGUCGGCACUUCAUUCGGGAUUUUCCCGUACUUCUGCACUUCGUUCCCGAGUCUCAGCCUCAGGAUCGGCAACGUGCACCCCGCGUUCCAUCUGUCUUCUGAGACUUUGCCCUUCUCCAGAGAGAGCAUUCAGGAGACCAGGAAAAUGGCCACGGGGCUCCUGAAAGCCAAAAAAGAGGCAUUCGUGGCAUUCAGGGAUGUGGCUGUGGACUUCACCCGAGAGGAAUGGAGUUUGCUGAGCCCUGCCCAGAGGACCCUGCACAGGGAAGUGAUGCUGGAGACCUACAACCACCUGGUCUCACUAGAAAUUCCAUUUUCCAAACCAAAACUCAUUUCUCAGCUGGAGCAAGGAGAAGAGCCCUGGAUUGAGGAGAAACGAUGUCCGCUGGUCCUCUGUCCAGGUAAGUAUGACACAGGGAAGAUGGGACCAUCUACAGCUUGACAGGGAAGGAGGACGCAUCUCUCGGGUACAGGAAAGAAGCUCUUCUC